AUGUCCUGGGCUGAUUUGGUUAACAACAAUUUGGUCGGCUCUGGUAACGUCUCAAAAGCUGCAAUUUGUGGUUUCGAUGGAUCAAUUUGGGGUAAAUCUGAUAAUUUCAAGAGACGGGGAAAGGAGGGCAGCGGUGAGUGGAGAGCAGCGCUAGGAUUUGUUGGACGAACAACAGUUCCAAGUGCUCUUUCACAUAAAAAAGAUUGA